AUUGCGGUCUAUUUGCUGUCCGAACCCCCUUCUCGCUCUCCUUGCUCCCAAAAUAUAAACACAAUGGUCCUCCCACGCUCCGCAGCUGCCUCCUUCCGCACACUAUUCUCCGCACAGUCGAGAAGAGUAACCGCCCGCGCCGCGAGAUCCUCCCGGGUUUGGCAGCAGACCAGCCGACGAGGAUAUGCUACCGAGGGCGCGGAAGCGCACCAGCCUGGCAGUGACAUUCCAUGGCUCAUCGGUUCCGUUGCCGUAACCGCCCCAUGUGCGUAUUACCUUUGGCAGUCCGGUCCCUCCGGCGAGUCCCACGGCCACGGCCACUCCGAACACGCAUCGGGAGAGGCCCACGCCGAAUCCCAUACUGCCCCCGCCGCACCAGCCGAACCCGAGCCCGAGCCCGAGCCCGUGAAGGCUGAGGAAAAAGCUGAAGCCACCGAGCCAGCACAAGAGCAGGAGACCGCCGCCCCAGCUCCGAUUGCCGAAGAGAAGGAGGCCGAUGCUGCUGCUGCUGCUGCUCCUGCAGCUGAGGAGCCCGAGGAGUCUACCUCUGAUAAGCCUGAGGAGAAGGCCGCCGGUGCCGAGGAAGCUUCCCCAAGCGACAGCGAGCCCGCCAAGACCGAAUCCAAAUCAGAGUAAAGCGUAGGACGAUCCCACGAAAGUCGUUUUGCAAAAACCAAGGCCGAAAGACUUGGGAGCCCUCAUUUCUAUCCGUGUUGACCCAUUCCCCCGGAGGACCCUAUCAGGUGAACGGCGUGGGAAAUGGUGUGGCCCUAACACCAUUGUUUUGGCUCUCCUUUUCUCACUUGUAGAGGAAAAAUGAGAAUAGUCAAAAAGGAGGUGUCUGUAUCAAAUAAAAAGGGCAUGGUAUGAUAGAAGAUGAGCAUGUACUGUACAGAUAAUCGUGUAAUUCAUAGGGAAAACG